GUCAUAUGAUGAGGUUGAAAGUCGGAGAGGUGGAUCCUAUGGUCAUUGCAGAUAUAGGGAUUGACAUUUCCAAGUUUAAUAAGGCUCAGUUGAAAUGGGAACUUACUGAAAAGCAUAAAUACAAAGCAUUGUAUGAAGAAGCUUUAAAAAGAGGAGGACAUCCAGUACCACAAAUCACCGACUCUAGUGCCCAAUGGAAAAGGAAGUUUGAGAAACUAGCCUUGGAAUAAAAUAAGAUGAAGAAGCAAAUGAAAACUAUCAGGACGGAUGGUGCCUGUGUAUUCAUGACAAGGAGAUAUGAAAAUCUAGAAAAGGUUUUGGACGAAUUUUGGGGUGUAUAUCAGAAAAACAUGGAUAAUAUAGUCUCUAACCGAAGGAUUUACGACAGACUCAAUAUGUUAUUACAGGAUGAGACAUUGAAAGAAAAGAUUGUCAGAAGGAUAACAAAGUUAAUUGAAAUUCAUGAAAAGUAUACAAAAGAGUUGAAGGAGGAGUUCCAGGAGGUUUUGCAGAGUGAGAUUCCCAGUUUGGUUAAUGAUGUAGGGGUUAUCAAGGACAAAAGUGCAUGGCUCUCAGAAUGUAAGGCUUUACUUGGUACAACCCUCAGUGUCGCCCAAGCAGAUGCCCUGGAUAUGAAUGAGAUAGUGGACCAGUUAGAGAACCUAAUCAAGAUAGAGAUGGCGCUUAGGGAUACAAUUUUUAAUGCAGUUACAUACAAGGAUGAAGGCUACCUUAAACACAUCAGGAAAUGCGGUUAAUGAGGAGGUUGAGCGAGCAUUAGAGAAACACGUCUCUACUAAAUCCCAAUCUUCAACACGACAAAUAGGUGGAUAUGCAUCCCAGAACUUGCAAUUACGGUUCAGAAACAGGCUAUCCCUUCCUAUUUUCACGGGCAGUAGAAUAGAAGGGGAGCAGUGCAAUUUUAUUCAAGUAGUACUUAUAGAUGCAACUACAGGACAAAUUGUCACUGAAGGGCCUGAAUCUUCCAUGAAAGUAGAAAUUGUUGUUCUUGAAGGUGAUUUUGAAGGGGAUGAAGAGGUGGGUUGGACUGAGGAAGACUUUGAUAACCAUGUUGUACGAGAGAGGGAGGGGAAACGCCCACUUCUUGCUGGAGAGCUGAUUAUCAAUUUAAAAGAAGGUGUUGGGGUCCUUGGGGAAUUGACUUUUACUGAUAAUUCCAGUUGGAUAAGGAGCAGAAAAUUUAAGCUUGGUGCCAGGAUAAUAAUGGGAUCCUGUGAGGCGAUCAGGAUUAGAGAAGCAAAAACAGAAGCCUUCACUGUUAAAGACCAUCGUGGAGAAUUGUAUAAAAAGCAUUAUCCUCCGGUACUGCAUGAUGAGGUAUGGCGUCUAGAAAAGAUUGGCAAAGAUGGUGCUUUUCAUAAGCGUCUGAACAGCGAGAGGAUCUUUACUGUACAGGAUUUUCUAAGGCUAAUGCUGAUAGAUCCCCAGAGACUUAGAAAUGUUCUUGGAACAGGCAUGUCAAACAAAAUGUGGGAAGGAACAGUUGAUCAUGCUAAGACUUGUGUGCUUGAUAACAAGCUUUAUGCCUACUAUGCUGAUGAGCAACACACACUUGGAGUAAUAUUCAAUGUUGUCUGUGAACCAGUGGGAGUUCUUGUAGAUGGUCGAUACAUUCUUGUGGAUGAUCUUUCAGAAACUCAAAAGGUUUUUGUGAGCAAGAUGGUAAAAUAUACAUAUGAGCACUGGAAUGAAGUGGUUGAAUAUGAUGCAAGCUCACUGAUGGGUAAUACAUCCCAUCGGGUUACAACAUUGCCUUCUCAUGGAGUACUGAGUGGUAACACAUAUGACCAGGUAGGUGAAGAUGAUAUCAAUUCACAAGUUGCUGUUGACAAGGUUUCAGAUCAAUGUUACCACUCACUAGAUCCAAGUAAUGGUAUUUGGACGCCAUACUCUUCUGAAAAUUCAAUCAUUACAAUGUCCAGUCAAUUUGCAGCAAGAGCUAAUUUUGCUGAACAGUGUACAGUACCUCAGAAUGUAUUGUCUUCUGCCUUAGCACUUGGUACUGAACGAGUUGUAAUGAAUCCCCUUCAAUCAUCUUAUGAUACCCAAAUUCUGGGUCCUUAUUCUCAUUUCCAAAAUGAAUGUAUUGGACAAAUUCAUAAUGAGUAUGUACACCCAUGUAUCGAAGAUCAAUGCAUCGAACCCUGUGUUAGUCAAGAUAGUUGGAAUUUAGAUUGUCAUGAAGGAUUGGAGGAUCUUUCUUUCACCAAAUCCGCUGAAAAAUUGGAGAACCAGAUUCUGGAUGCACAAUUGCAAAGCUUGAUACAAAGUAUGACUGCAGGAACAAGUAUACAACAAAAUAGCCUUUUCAACAACUCAGAAAAAGCUGAGGCAUUUUGUUUUUCAGUAUUUACUCCAACAUCAAAUGUGAGCAUUAGUAUGUCCACUCGCCGUUUACAUGGUAAAGCUUAUGUAUUUUGGUUAAAGCUGAAAGCUGCCCUGAAGUGGGGAAUCACAGUCAGGAAAGUAGCUGCUGCAAAAAGAGCAAAGUUAGUAGAGAUUGAAGAUUGACCAUUCAUGGAGGCAUUUGUACAGUUUAUGCAUGUAUCCCAUUUAAUGGUCUCAGCUUUUAAGACAUGUGACUUACCAUAUGAAUUGUCAAUGGAUGUCAUGGUAUUUAUAUAGGCUGAGGCAUUUUGUUUUUCAGUAUUUACUCCAACAUCAAAUGUGAGCAUUAGUAUGCCCACUCAGUGUUUACACGGUAAAGCAUAUGUAUUUUGGUUAAAGCUGAAAGCUGCUCUGAAGUGGGGAAUCACAGUCAGGAAAGUAGCUGCUGCAAAAGGAGCGAAGUUAGUAGAGAUCGAAGAUUGACCAUUCAUGGAGGCAUUUGUACAGAUUAUGCAUGCAUCCCAUCUAAUGGUCUCAGCUUUUAAGAAAUGUGACUUACCAUAUGAAUUGUCAAUGGAUGUCAUGAUAUUUAUAUAGCUGUAUGUUUUUCAACAUUAUAGCUGCGUGUAUAAAAUAUUCCUUUCCGAGGACACUAUCUUUCUUUUGCUGAGACUGGUUUAUGUGAGACAAAGGAACACUUGAUCGUGCUGAUAGGCUGCCUACCAGUACAUCGGAUUAUUCUUGUAAAUGGAAUCUUCAAAGAAGGUAGGAAAGAUGGGAAAACUGAUCAUAUAGCAGCAGCUUUCUUAAACUCUUCAUGAAGAUGGUUGGAUUCUCAGGGAGGGUAGAUUCCUGAUAAGCACAAUUGCCAUGCGCAGACUGUUCUUUUCUAUCAGAAACAGAUGUGCUUUACUUUACGAAAGGGAUGUGCAUCGUAACUUCAGAAGGGAGACAAGAGGUGAAUAGCUUUUUUAAUUGUAUGAUAGUUUUAAGGCAUAGCUUGGUCAAUCACUGGGCACUUUCUCCAACUUCAAAUAGUGAAACAUUUUGAACUUUGUAAAUAUCAUAGUUUACAUUUUAGGGGGACUUUAUUCCUGACAUGGGACUCAUAUCGUUUCCAACCUCAACCAAACUUCCAACCUAGAGCAUCAAUUUAAGUCCAUAUUCACAGAAUCACCAGUACAAUUUGAAAUCUAUCACAUGUCAGAGGUUGCCAAAUUUUUUGACAACUUAAAACCUUUUAAUGUUGCAAUAUCCUGUAACCUGUUGAAAGACUUCAAAACCAAUUAGUCUGUAUACAAGUAAUUUAAAUUGAGAACUGCAUGUGAUGGUACUGUUCUAGUCACAAUGCUUGACAGCACCAAAUCAAGCACCAAAUCAAGGAGUGCUGAGAAUUGAUGCCUAUGAAAGUCUACAUUUUGUUUAUAGUCUCAAAGUGGUGUCAAGAUGCCAUCGACAAGCUCUGGUACCAUGCUGUUCUUGCAAAUCAGGCUGUCCACAUCUAUCUCUAGCUUUUUAAUUUUUGCCAGAAAAACGUCUGCUAUAUAUUAUUUUAGAUUCAAUCAAUCCUAGUUGAAUAAGAAGCACGAUCUUUGGAUUCUUUGAAAAAUCAAGUAAUUGUGAUGGUGCAAUCUAUAUUUUUGAAAUUU